UUUGAACCUUAUUGUCAUACCAUCAAGAUGCCCUUGUUCCAAAUCGUCAAUGCAGACCCGAACUUCCGGUCGUCCAAGUCCACCCCGCGGCCUAUUGUGGCAAUCCAGACCUAAAACGGACAAUCCCUUUUGUGUACUGGGAUUAUAAGGUCAUUCUGUACACGAUGAUCUUGUUCUCCGUUCGCCAUGAGUCUGUCGUCCUCUCCCCGCUAUCGGCGCUUCAGCAGAGCUGGUCCGGCACCAGCCUUCGUUGAGGAACUCCCCGCUUAUACUGGACGACGACGGGCCACCCUGUCGCAGCCCGUUGUGCGACGAGAUCCUGUCGAGCACGUGUUCCCGCUCGAGGACAAGGGACGGCCAUGGGCGACUCUCACUCUGCGCAGCAGUGCCAAAUCGGCCAAGUCGAUUCCAACUUUCCACGAGAAGGAGAACAUCAACGGGUCGUUCCGUAUGAUGGCUGAGAAAGGAGACUCGAUCCAUUCGAUAACGGUGCAGGUGUGUGCCGGGCGCAUCUCGUUUCUUUUGAUACGCGUUUUGACGCGAUGCAAGAUCACUGGACGCGUCAUUACCGACUCUUCGAGUGCAGGGAUGUCUGUGUUCUUAUCUCAAUCGCUCCCCCUGUGGUCGAAGAUCGACAGUCGGAUCGCUGGUGCAAGUUCAAAAUUGCUUGGACAAUGCGAAUUCCCGUUCUCGAUUCCCCUUUCUAAGACCGUCAACGGCGAUGGCUAUGACUCUGCCUUCCGGAUUCCGGAAACUUUCUUGGAGCGACGCACCCAAGCUAGCAUCACGUACGAGAUUGCUGUGGUUGUUUCACGGGGAAAACUUCGGUCGGAUUCCUACGUCAAAACACGAUUUGGGUACAUUCCGAACCUCCGACCUGACCCUCCGUCUCUGCUUCGUCGACUGGCGUAUCAGGAAAACUCUGUACUGGCAGGACCCGAUGUUGAUCCUGAAGGCUGGAGCGUCACCGGCCCAGCAGUUGUCCGCGGUCUGAUGUUUAGAUCUCAUCCAGUGGCCGUCAACUGUAUUCUUGCACUUGCCAAUCCGAUGAGCUAUACUCGUGGGACCGUGCUUCCUUGUCGCCUCACUGUCGAGUGCGCUGAUGCUCAGGCACUCGAGCUUCUUUCGGCGUCCAACGCGCCAGUCGCUGUCCUGCGCCGGAUCGUGCGGUUCCAGUCUGCCACUUCCAAAAAGUGUGUCGAAUCAGUCGAAGACGUUUCACAGGCUGUUUGGUGGCCAUCUCCGAGUGAGGCUGACUCUGGGCUUCCUUACUCCCGGUGUUUGGAAGGAGAAAUCAAACUCUCGAAAAAUCUCGCGUCGUCUUCGUCUAUCGGAGGGCGCUUCAAUGUUUCUUACACCGUUUCCCUACUACCCUUUGACGUGAUUGGAUUCACGCCCUCGACUCCAGGGUCCGCCUUGGACCAACCUGUCACGAUUGCGACGACCUAUGCUCGAGACUCUCCACGUCCACAAGCCUACGCCCCUCCAUCAUACGAUGGCAUAACCGGGAAAGAACCGGAGGUCGAAUACACAGCCAAGCUGACCCGCGGCCUCCGAUGAUCACAUACCAUUGACCCUCUCUUACUGACUUAUUUCGGUGACAAUGUCUGGACAAGCACCGUGCCUCUCGCUCUCAUUCCAUCUGUAACAUCGUAAUAUGUAUUUUUCUUUUGUAGCGCCUAGUACCUUCAGAUACCAUCCCAUCUAAUCACACACAUGAUUUGUUUUGCUUUGCCUCGGAUUUCACACCAGUGGGAAUUCCCAGUACUGGAAUGCCUCUGACCAGUGACGUGAUUCGAAUUUGGUCGCGACUAACAGGAGCAACUCAUCCAUGGAGCAUGCUGCUUUAUGAUUAGAAUGUCUGCAUCACACUUGCCUUGGUCCUUGGACUCUCACCCUUCAUCCAUCCGUCGCGAACAUGGCAGCUCAAGACGAGGCCCUACCAGGCUAUACACCCGCCUCCGCGGUAGGACUGAAGACCGAUCACAAGUACUCGCUCGAAAGCAAGGGCAGAUCGUGGCUGAGCAUCCAUGUCAAGAGCCGAUCCCCUUCACCGGCUUCGCUACCGUACUUCGUGGAGGGUGAUGUUAUAGCGGGCCAUGUGGAGCUCGACCUUGACAAGCCCGAGUCAAUGAAGUCAAUCGCUGUCGUCGUCCUCGGGGGAACAACUACCGUCGGCCAAGAAGAGCAGCUCUUCCUGAGCCUCGAUCAGGCCUUGUGGCCUGCCGCCGGCGACAAGUCAGGCAAAGUAUCGAAAGGAUCUGGCCAUUCUCGUUCACCCUGCCCGCAAAGGUAUCUACGCCUGAAGUGAAAGGGACUACAUUCGCCAUCCCACCCAGCUUCUCUGAGCGCGCGAGCCCCGCAUACAUCGAGUACCGGAUCGUCGUGCAAGUCAGGCGCGGCGCGUUCAAGUCUAACCAGACGCUGAGCACGAGCUUCGCGUUUCUCCCGCUGACGACGCCCGACGCGCCGUCCAAGCUGCGCCAGCUGGCGUAUAAGGACGGUGUUGAUCUGAAAGGGCCUGAGGAGGAUCCGACGGGAUGGAAGGUGCUCGCCCCAGUCAGAUUCAAAGGCAAGUUGUUUGACGCCAGAGAAGUGGAGGCUGAGGCGACGGUGCGUGAAACACUCUCGGAGAAGCUGGACCUAGAUUGAUAUGCGCAGCUGGCCAUCGCGACUCCCGUGCGUCUCGUUAUCUUUGGCCAACGGCCGUGAAACAUCCAACACACCCCGCAGCUUGCCUUCACAGCAGGCACACCGAUCCCUCUGUUCCUGACACUUCAGAGCAAAGAUGAGCAAGCCCUGGACACACUUGCCGCAACGCAGGCUGUCCGUGUCUACUUAGUCCGCAGCUUAGCUAUCGGCAGCGAUGCCGUGCAAGAGGGCAUCGACCGCCGGAGCAAUACCAACUUUCUGGCGGGAGUUGGACAAGCUUAUUUCUGGCUCUCAGAGGGAGGAAAGGAACAGGGUAAACGCGUCAUGCGCGGCGAAUUAGAUGUGAAGAAGAGCGUGAAACCAAGCUGCGUGUUUCCACGAUUCACCAUUCGGUAUACCGUGGAACUGCUCAAUUUCUCGGCCACCGGAUUCGCACCAACAGGGUCAGAAACGAAGAAAGCUCUGAUUUCUGAGCCCGUGCGAAUCACAACUCGGAGCAUCCCUGGAAUCGUACCCAAAUCAUAUGCUCCUCCCGGAUAUGAGAAACCUCCCGAGACCGAUUAUAACUCGGCCUUUGGCUUCCUGGAGAACGGAAACCAAAGAUUCAUGCACCACCAUGGGUCUGGGAUGCCCUAGGGACCAAGUUGAAUGUCGUAUUGCUGAGCAAACAGACGAAAUGCUUACCUCAUCGCUCAGUCAUCCAGGGACAUCAGUAACAGAGUUUCGAAUGUAUCAUCGCUCUUGGGCGAACGAUUUCCGGGGAACAGCCCGUGUAACAGAUCGUGGUCGUUUUCGGGUAGCAACCAUGACAUCGACUCAUCGCGGCGCCUUGCAACGAAGACAAAAGUAGGAUCCUGCAUCGUGUUGCCAAGCCGGGACCAUUCAGAUCCAGAUUGUGUCCGGUACAGCACAGGCUCGAAAGUGAACCACAAUCCGAAGGCAGACCAAAAGGUUGUCUCCUUCGCGAGACUGCGUAUUUUGUAGGAUAUGAUAACCUGGGGGCCGAGUUCACGAGUGCCAGAUGUCAGAUGAAUAAGAGAGCGGAGGAGCGGUCCCAAGAGUUCCGGAAAAUAGACGAGAUCGCUGCACAGGACAUGGGUGAUAUUCGAUGGGGCUAGUUGCUUGAGCAGUUGCGAUGCAUGUUCUGCGUUCCCCAUGAUAGCGGUCUCACAAGGAUAGGCCCGCCGUGCGCUUGGAGAUGCGGUCUGAGGUUGCGCUCGAGCAGCGGACACACCUGGAGAGACGGAAGGGUCGAUCAUCGAUUCGGUUGACGGAAGAGCGUCUUUACUUCAGGCAGAUCGGUGGAAUACAUGAUAUCUCGGUCAGGGCGCAGCCGAGUAGACAUCGUGUUCGCCACGAUACCCGAACCAGACCCCAGCUCUACCACUCUGAUUCCGUCGGCGGAUGGCGCGAAAAGCGGCUCGUAUGUCACUUCGGCGAUGGGAACCAGGUACUGGAUGAGCAGAUAAGCUGCCUCCC